AGUGAUAUGAUCAUUAUGAAUUGUAACUAGUGACUUUUUUACUUCUAUUAGUUAUAAAUAUUUGUUUUAAUCAGAAUUUUGUAUCAAAAGCAGAAAAUUACUCCAUAUAAUGUUAUGAUUAAACCCGAAAAAUAGUAUGAUUGUUGCUUGUUAAAUUACCAGAUUGUCAAUCAAAUUGAAUGUCAGAUAAUUCAAGGUUAGAUAAUUGUCAAGAUUCAAAACAGUUUCCAAAAAUAUUGUUUAAUUAAGUAAUAAUGUCCUUACACGUUGACAACUCAUAUUUACAAGUAUUUUCGAAUUUUUUAAGUAUAAUUACAAUUUCAAUAUGCUUUAUAUUAAAAAUCCCUCAAAUUUUAACAGUAUUGAAAGUAAAGAGUGCCAAAGGCAUUAGUAUCAUGGGUUUGUUAAUGGAGCUUACAAGUUAUACUAUUAUGAUGUCCUAUAAUUUUAGGAGUGGAUAUGCAUUAUUGAACUAUUUGGAAUAUCCUAUAAUCCUAUUCCAAGAAAUAAUACUUAUCAUAUGUGUAUUACAUUAUAAACAAAUAAUUAAUUUAACCAGUAUUAUAGGCUCUAUAAUUUAUUUGUUCAUAGCAGCUGCAUUGUUACUAGGAAUUGUACCUUUAGGUCUUUUAUCCUUUCUAGUUCCUCUCUGUACUCCAAUUGGAGCUUCUUCAAAAGUUGUACAACUCUACGAGAUCUUAAAAACGAAAAAUUCCGAAUCAGUGAGUGUUGUUACAUGGUUCAUUUCAGCUUUUACCAAUUUUACUAGGGUGUUUACAAUUUGCAUUGAAUCCAUGGAUCUUACAUUACUUUUAAAUUUUACCAUUAAUACAUUUUUGAGUAGCUCUGUGAUGUUAGCUGCCUAUUGGUACAAACAUCAUAAACAGGAAUAAAAAAAAAUAAAUAUAGAUAAUGUGCCAUAUACUAGUUACCCAUAUUUUUUACAAAAUUUUAUUUUCAAGUAAAUUUUCAGUACAAAACUUUCAAAUUUCUUCAAUUUCUUAGACCUUUCAUGUAUUUUUAUGUUUCUAAAUCGUCUUGAUUUUAGGUCUCUUUCAAAAAUUAUAAGAAAAAACAGAAGAGACCUAAAAUCAAGACGAUUUAGAAAUAUAAACUUAUAAAUUUAGAACCAAGACAUAUUGUAUAUAAUUUUAUUACUCUUUAUACUAUUUACUAAUCAUAAAAACCAGCAAAAAGACAAGAAGUGUACUUAUUAAAAUACGAGACUCUCUGAUUUUCAAAGUGAUUUGUUUUUGUAGAAGAUAUAAAUAUUGUCAGUUCUAAGACACAGCUAUUAUUGUGAUUUUACUGUUUAUAUAAUUUUAAUUUUAAAAUAAACAUUUAUUAUGUUUCCCUAUCUGCUCAUUUGGCUUUGAGUUGUUAAAAUUCUCAAAGAACUCUGCAUAUCCAACGAGGUUCCAAUUAAUAUAGUAAAUUUUGAGAAAAUAACCUAACCUUUGGCAUAAUUUUAAUAUUUAUAAGAUUGUCACUUCGGAACUAAUAUUUAUUAUACAGGGCUUAACUGUAUGGUAUUGAAAAUUUCUCUCAAUAUUAGCUCACUGGGUUUUAAGUUCCUGAAACAUUUUCACUUUAAAACAAAUUUUCAUUAUACAGGAUUCAACUGUAUGGUAUUGGAAACUCCAACUCAACAUUAGCUCAGUGGGCUUUAAGUUUCUCAAACUCUUAAAAAAUUGCAUAUUUAAUCAGGGCCAGAUUUAGCAUUUUGGCGCUCCUACGCCCAAUAAUUUUUUACACCCCUUAGUCUGGUUAAAGUUACUUUUCUAAAAACCUUUAUCGAAAAAUUAUAUCAGUUUUACAUUAUAGUUGUUCGUACACCACUCCAGGGUGCAGUUAUAUCAUUUUUUGAGGAAUUUUCUUUGUUCUCGGCUUAAAAAAAUGAUGUUUAAAACACUCUUAGCGACUUAAUGUAUUAAAUACUUAUAGUUUUAAAUAUGAAAAAAGUGAAAAUUUCCAGUAGAUAUUUUUCGAGAAGGGAAAAUAAAACGUCCAUUUUAGAUCUCUUUAUUUAUUGAUAUGUACAUAAAUGAUUAAAUUCUGAUGAAACCAAUAUAGUAAUUAACUGUGAAUGCCGACAUCUGCUCUUUAAACUAACAAAUAUUUAAGAAGAUAUAAAAUUUAAUAAAUGUUAACAAUGUAUGGAAAGGUUUAAUAAAUAUGUUUAUAAAUAAAACCAUAAAA